GAAAAUGAGCAAGAAUUCAGAUGUAAACAAAGGAAAUAUGUCUUAAACGAGUAAAAGUAUUAGAAUUUAUAGAAUUUUUUAUACAAAACAAACAAUUUUUAUGAAUAUUGCAUUUAUUUCGAUUAAAAAUGGCUGAAGACAAUUUCGAAGACUAUAUACAAAUUAAUAAGAUUUAUUUAUCUCUUCUUGGAUUAUGGCCUCUAAGUGAUAAAGCAUCGUCUUGGCGUAAUUGCAUCAACAAAUUUCACGCAAUUAUUAUCAUAAUUUUAUUACUAACAUUACUCAUACCGCCUAUGAUACUUGAUUUAUAUUUUGUUUGGGGAGACAUCAAUGCGAUUGUACAAAAUUUGUGUCUCACUGUUCAUGGGAUUUUUAUAGUACUAAAAUUUAUACAUGUAAUUUCAAACAGGAAUAUUUUUAAGGAAUUAUUGAGAACAAUGAAGACUAAUUUUGAUAGUUGCUUAUCAAAAUCAACAUCGAAGGAGCAGAGAAUAAUUCUUCUUGAUCAUGCAAAUUUUGCACGUACAGUUACGAAAUAUUUCCUUUUCAGUGUGUAUUAUUUUGAAACUUUAUUGUUUUUAGUACCAUUUAUUUAUGGAAUAGACACUGAUCCUGUUCGUCAUAAACGUUAUCCGUACUGUUCUUGGUAUUAUUAUGAUCAGUAUUCAAAUGUUAUUUACGCAUUUUGUUAUGGAAUUCAGGCAUUCAUUGGAAUUUGUCUUGGCGUGAGUUUUUUAGCUGGAAUGGACAGUUUCAUUUUCGUUGCAAUUUGGCAUUCUUGCGCUCAAUUGAGUAUUCUUCAGAUUAAACUUUCGAAACUUGGAGAGGCUUCUUUAGUUUCACCGAAAGUAAUAGAGAGUAUUGUUUACAGUCAUAAUAGUCAGAUCAGACUCGUUCAUAUAUUUAACAAAUUAUUUAGUAAAUUAUGUCUAUAUCAACUUCUGACAAGUGGCUUUGUCAUAUGCUUUUCUGGAUUUCAAUUAAUCGUGUCUUUAAACAGCGAAGACUCAGAUUAUCGGGGAACCAUUUUAUAUUUCGGCUAUUUGAUCGUUAAUUUAUUUCAAAUUCUAUUGUACUGUUGGCCAAGCAAUGAAUUAAUGGAAAAGAGUUUUGGAGUUGGAAAUGCUGCCUAUCAAUCUUUGUGGACCAAUUUACAUCAUCAUUCUUCGAAGGCCAUUAUUUUAAUGAUAUUAAGAGCUCAAAAUCCUCUGGUAAUUAGCGCAGGAGGAAUGUACGACAUGAAUUUGCAGAACUUUACCAAAGAAUUGUUGCAAAUGAUGGAAUACAAUUUCGAUAAUUCCUUGUGUGAUAGAGCAACAGACAUGGAGAAGAAUUUAAUUUUAAAACAUGCUCGCUUUGGAAGACUUGUGUCAAAAUUUUUUGUCAUUUGUGUUUAUUAUUUUGAAUUUAUCAUGUUUAGUUUACCAUUAAUUUUUGGUAAAGAUAGUGAUCCAGCUCGUGACAGACGAUAUCCACUUUGCGCUUGGUAUUUCAAUUGGGAUCAAAAUUCUGAUUUUUAUUACGCUAUUGCUUAUUUUAUUCAGUUUACUGUGGAGACAAUUUCGGCACUUGGUGUUGCUGUAAGUUACAAUUUAGGCAUGGAUUCUUUUGUUUUUGUUGCAAUUUGGCAUUCUUGCGCUCAAUUAGCUAUUUUGCAAGAGAAAUUAAGAAAGAUUGGCUUUACAAGUGAUACAUCGGAAGAAACAAUAAAGGAACUUGUUGAAAAUCAUAAUUAUCUAAUAAGGAACGUUAAAACAUUGAAUAAACUCUUCAGUACACUUUGUUUCUACCAAUUAGGGAUAAGUUUUAUUGCAAACUGCCUUACUGCAUUUCAAAUAAUAGUAACUUUGAACGAAACUCCAGUAAAUUUCAUUUCCUUAUUUUCGUACAUUGGUUUAUGUUGUGGGAAUUUUUUUCAAAUUCUUUUAUUCUGCUGGUCGGGCCAAAAAUUAAUGGAUCAGGGGGCAGAAGUUGGAAUAGCUGCCUAUCAAUCGUUUUGGACUAAUUUGCCAAUAAAAUCGACGAAGAGUCUUUUUCUUCUAAUAUUGAGAACACAGUGUCCGAUGAUGAUUUCCGCAGGAGGAUUUUAUGAUAUGAUAUUACAAAAUUUUACUUCUGUAGAUGUUGGACUGAUUUUGGAUAUUUUCUGCCCCUUAGGAAUGGAAAGUUUUUGUUGUGCAGGAAUUUAUUAUCACACAAGUGCACAAUUAAUUGUACUGAUUGGCCUCUGGCCCAGUCAUGAAAAUGAUGCAAUUUGGAAAAUUUACAUUCAUAAAUUCCAUUCAUUUAUGUUUACAGUCUUCUUAUGGUUUUUACUUUUAGUACCGAUGUUACUAGACAUCUAUAUUGUUUGGGGUAAUAAUUUUGCUCUUUUUCAAAAUUUGUGUAUGACAAUUCACGCAUUUUCGGUGUGUUUAAAGUACACUCAUGUUGCUGCAAAUCAGAAUGCUUUUAAGGAAUUGUUGCAAAUAAUGAAGUACAAUUUCUACAAUUCCUUGUGUGAUAGAGCGUCGAAUGAAGAGAAGGAAUUAAUUCUUAAACAUGCACGUUUCGGAAGAUUUGUGACAAAAUUUUUUCUUGUUUGCGUUUAUUAUUUUGAAAUUAUGAUGUUUUGUGUACCAUUAAUAUUUGGACAUGACAGUGAUCCGUCACGUAAGAAACGUUAUCCAUUUUGCGCCUGGUUCUAUUGGGAUCAAAAUUCAGAUUUUAUUUACGCUAUUGCGUAUCUUGUUCAGAUUAUCACUGGACUCGGCUUGGGUGUAAGUUAUAAUUUAGGCAUGGAUACUUUUGUAUUUGUUGCAAUUUGGCAUUCUUGUGCUCAAUUAGGUAUAUUGCAAGAGCAAUUGAAAAAAGUAGGUUUGACAAAAUGCGAAUCACAAAAAACAAUAAAGGAACUUGUUGAAAAUCAUAAUUAUCAAAUAAGGAAUGUUCAGAAAUUGAAUCAACUCUUCAGUACACUUUGUUUUUAUCAAUUAGGAACAAGUUUCGUUGCUAAUUGCCUUAGUGGAUUUCAAAUGAUUGUUACUUUGAACGAAACUCCAGUGAAUUGGUUUUAUGUGCUUUCGUAUUUUGGCUUGAUAGUGGCGAAUUUUCUUCAAAUUCUUUUGUUUUGUUGGCCGGGCCAAGAAUUAAUGGAUCAGGCGAUUGAAGUUGGAAUGGCCGCCUAUCAAUCAUUUUGGACUAAUUUACCAGUGAAAUCGACGAAGAGUAUUUUUCUUCUAAUAUUAAGAACACAGCAUCCUCUAAUGAUUUCAGCAGGAGGAUUUUAUGAUAUGACAUUACAAAAUUUUACUGCUAUUGUCAAAAUGAAUAUGUCGUUUUUGUCAGUACUAAGAGCUAUGCUAAUCAUUGUAUUUAAUGUCAAUCAUCGUCUUUAUACCUUGCAAUUUGCGUCAACAAUAUUCUUCAUAUUUUUUAUAUUUUUUAUUUCAAAUACAAGGUUCAGAAUUCUGGAAUUAAAAUUUAUACAAUUAGGGAUCAACAAUCUAAAACCGUAA